UAUGACUCCAACAUGUUGGGACCUAUUCCAAAAGACCCAUAAGACAGCAAACGGGAAUACAUGGGUGUCUUCCAAGGCAGAAAGGAUAGUGAAUGAGUAUGAAAGACGGUUAUCUGAAAGACAGUCACAACAAUUAUCGGGACAUCAUGUUGCCUCUAGUGUGCAAUCUGAAAAUAGUAUUUUCUAUGAUGUUGUUGGUGGUGUGAACAAUAAAGGAAGAAUAUUUGGUUUAGGUUCAGAGGCUGGGAAGUAUAAACCUUCUUCUUCUACAUUCUUAUAUGGUUUCUCAACUCCUGAGUAUGAACAAAUGAAAAAUCUUGUUUCAAAUUUGUCUGAAGAAAACAAAACAUUGAAAGAACAGUUGCAAAGCCAUGCAUAUUUGAUUCUUGCUUCACAGGAAGAGUCUUGGUUGGUUCGUGAGCAACUGAAGCAAUUUAUGGAGAUGUUUUCUCAAUCUUCUCGUCCUCCCCAACCUCCUCCUACACAUGAUACUGUACAAUCUGAUGAUAAUGAGUUAGAUGAUGAUCAUGAUAUAGAUGUUUAGGGAUGCAUUAUCUUUUACUAUUAUGUUUACUAUGCUUUAAACUUAUAAUUUGUUAUGUUAAGUUUUACUAUAGUACUUAUCAUA